GAAAGUCCUUUCAGAUGUUCUCAUCAACUGCAAAGGUGUCACAUGACUCACUAACGAUGAUGAUGCCUCGGACAAGAUCGUUGCAGUAGCUAAAAGCGCUGGUGACAUUGGCCUGCGCUUCUUCUUGAACCUGUCUACAAGCUUGAUCUUCUGCAACCUGCACAGCGGAAGAAAGUUUCAAUGCGCAACAACAGUGAAGCACGAACCGCCCUUGCUUGUCUCUCGGAAGUCGUGGACACGCUCAUACCCAAAUGUACCAAUGGGGGUGCAUUGGCAUGGGCCAAUGGUGAUACCAAUGACAUUGUCGAGCAUGAAAUGCAGAGCGCUGCAGCAGCCAUAGAAGCUGCUACUCGGCGCUCACAAAAGCUGCCACAGAGUCUCAGCAAGAAAUCGUCGCAUAAGGCAAAGGCUCAAGCUUGUGAACACUUGAACCAGGGUACGAAUUACAUAAUCAUUACCGCAAGACAACCAGCCUGUUUGUCUUUGUUUGCACCGAAUCUCAAGAUCGAUAAUCGCCAUUCAAUAACCGCGGAAUCACUUAUGAUGUCUCGAGUAACACAAACGGCUAGCAGGGGACCGUUGGCGAUGAAAGACGGGAAGGUUCUAACUCAAGUAGACUUCUGGUUGAAUGCAGUAAGAUUGUCAGUAGACUGUUGCUGGUGGCUUACCCAAGUCGUUCAGCGACACGAUCAAUCGGUCACUAGACCACCUCCAUCUCGUUGUCGGGUUGCAAGCAAGCUCCGCGUCGUCACGCGAAACAUCACAAACAAUGUUCAAUUGGUCGCUAGACCACCUCCAUCUCGUUGUCGGGUUGCGAGCAAGCUCCGCGUCGUCGCACGAAACAUCGUGAACAAUGUUCAAUCGAUACUUUGGUCCAAAGCUGAUAGCGUCAAUCAGCAGAUAGAGCUGCUGAAGUGCAGUGUCCCCAUAUGGCCGACACAACUUCGGCGGUAUACCGAAAUACCACCGCUGGAGCCUCAUCGUUAUGAUUAUAAUGUCGAGAAGAUGCAGAUCGACCCUGUUCGGCUCGGUGUUCAAGGGGAUUGGGAUGAAAUUAUCCACCCGUCUGGAGCAAUGUAUCACUACAAUGCAAGAAUGAAAACAUAUGCAGAAAUGAACAUGAGCACUUGCUCAGACCAACAGCUCCAGCGGUUGGAAUCUUGGAUCAACGCAUCAAGGAAUAAACUCGACAGGAAACAAUGGUUGCUUGUCGUUGAACCGAUCUCCGUGGGAGGAAGGGAAAUCUACCCGUAUUACUAUGUCGUCCUGGAAGAUCGCAUGAUCGCAUGGAUAGAACCAGUAGAUGGUUACCUUCUAUUCCAAGAGUGCACAACGGCGUGGCACUGGAACCACAAACGACUUGAGCUGGAGGCCCAAUUUUGGAAAAAUGUCGAAUAUUUUCCACAUGGGAUUGAAGUACGUCUUUCUGAAGUAAAAGCUUUGCGAGUUCAGUUGAACUGGUAUCGUCGAAACAUAGAAGCGUUAGCGAUAGAGCAAUCAACUGCAGCUGCGCUAUUCUGGACUCUCGAUCAGAUGAAGGAAAUGGCUGCUGAGCUGGCCACUACCGAGGAACUUGCCGGACCUGCUGGGAUCAUGGAGCAACCGAGUGUUGCAAUCUGUGGCAAAAUAAUGCACAUGCUUCGUCACCAUGAAUACCUGAACCAUCAUGGCCGACCCGAAGCUCGCUUAAUGCGAACGCACUCACUGACAAAGAGACGCAAUAACCUUGCGAACUCUCCCUUCAUGGCCAGCGCUGAAAUUGUGAUGCUUUGGACUCCAAUAGUGGCGCUCAAGCAGCUUAGAGAUAUAUAUGUGGACGGUAUCGUAAACGGGAUCGACAUCAGGGGAUUUACGGAAGACUUCAACGCCCAGUCCAAAGCUCAAACUACUGUGGCAAGUGUCAUCUUGGCAGUCAACGCCAGCAUCCUUGCGGUCCCGGGUUUGGGCGCACCAUCCCCUAUAAAAACCCUGUGCUCUAUCUCAUUCAUCCUCAGUGUCUUCUGCAUUGUUGCCUGCACGAUGGCACAGCACUUUGGAUACAGGCUGAGAUCCCUCGAUUUCGCGGUGUAUUACUUACAGGGGAAGAUGGCGGGUCUUGCGAUCCUUGCAAGCAUACCCAGUUUUCUGUAUCUCACAAGCUUGGCAUUUGCUAUUCUCGGGUUUCUCGCAGGGAUCUUCACAGGUGAAUUCAGGCUAGCGUUAUCUGCAAGGAUCAUGUGCGGGCUGGCCCUUGUUGUUGGGACAGGUCUCACGAUUCCAUUGAUGAUGGCCAGUUUUGGCCAUCCUGGGCUGAGUCGAUGA